AUGCCACUGCCGUCAAUCGAUCCUCCAUUGAUCAACUCAUCCAACCCUUGGGCGACCAGUCUUGAAGACCUGCAAGCACUGUUUGAUUGCCCAAACACUGGCGCUGUAACAACACGUACGAGCUUACUGCAUGGAUUCGAGCAUGAUCCGAAGGUCCAUCAAUACGUCUUUUUCAGUAGCCACGACCACAAUCACGUCAAGGGCAAGCAGGAGGGUGCUAACGGUAAUCAUUAUGAUGGCAGCCUGAACACUCUCGGCUACAGCCCAGUAAAUCUGAGCACAUAUUUAGCAACGAUCGCACGUGUGGUGAGCGAUUCUACACUCCCAGAACAGAAGAGGAGCAGCAAGCCGUUUAUCAUCUCCGUUACUGGUAGUGCUGAAGCCGUGCUUGAAUGCUAUCAGCACAUUCAAAGAGCGCAGUCUACAGUCAACAACCCGUUGUGCAUGGAGAUCAACCUUUCCUGUCCGAACAUUCCGGACAAGCCACCGCCAGCCUACUCGGGUCCUUCGUUGGCGGAGUACUUGCGCAUCCUGGGCGAGCAGAGACUUGACCAAGGUGGAAGAACUGUACCUAUUGGCAUCAAAACACCACCGUAUACCUAUCAUGACCAGUUCAAAACGCUGAUUGAUGCGCUACUUGCGUCCUGUAGCCCACAAUGUCCCAUUGAUUUUAUCACAGCAACGAAUACACUGGGCUCCAGCUUGGUCCUUGCCGACGCAGAUGGCACUCCAGCGAUCAACUCAGCUUCCGGCGCCGGGAUUGGCGGCAUGGCGGGAGCUCCAUUGCAUCCUUUAGCUCUGGGCAAUGUUAGGACGAUACGUACUAUGCUUGAUCAACAUGACAAGCUUCGCAGUAUCGACGUUAUCGGCAUUGGAGGCGUCGGCGAUAAAGCCGGAUUUGACAGAAUGAAGGCUGUCGGUGCGAAGAUCGUCGGUGUUGGUACAGCCUUGGGGUGUGAGGGUGUUGGCGUAUUUGGAAAGAUACUGCAUGAAUGCUGA